UUUUGCCAUGCAUGGCUUUGCAAGGGCUACACAUCAUUGCUGGAUGCGCAGAGACCGCAUAGGUCUAAUUUGAGACUGUAGCCAUCGAAAUAUUGAGGCAUAGCGGUGCUUCUGGCGAGAUAGACCCUGCUUUGCACAGCAGCAUAAAAAGCGCUGGCGCGGCGCGCGAAUAAUGACCUCAUGGACUUGUGACAAGUGCACAUACGUCCACAGCGACGCCGAAGCACAAUUCCUCUGCUGUGCUAUUUGCAGCGCACCGAAGCUAGCCGAGGCUGAGGCGCCGGCCGCUGCGCCACCGCCCCCGACGCCCGCGACGCGGCCCGCGCGGGAAAACGGCGCUGUUCCGCCGCGACCACGGCCACAGCCAGUUUUGCGACCGCCGCCCGCGAAACGCCACCGCGCCGCGGCCAGAAAGUCGAGCGUAUACCUGAUUCCGAGCGAAGCGGCGCAUGCCGCACUAAAAGAGCGCUUCCCUCGGGCACGAAAAGCCCUGGCCGCAUUGAAAUGGGGCGGUUUGCUGCAUGCGACGAUGUUGCGAUUCGACGAUAUUGAUGGCGCACACCGCGACCUCGAGCGCAUCGCGAAUGAUGCAAGCGCCGCCGGCGUGCGGGCCCUGAACGGGCGCGCGUUCCGGUUGCCGGCCCAGUGCUGGGACAACCGCGGCGGCGUCGCCGCGUUGGCAAGGCCGGGCGACAUGGGCGCAGUUCUCGAGGCGAUGCUCGACACGCUACGGAACGCGCUGCCGACGAUGCGCCGCGGCGCCUUCCGCGUGCACCGCCUGCGCGACAUCCACAUAACGCUCCCCGGCUACUCCGACAAAGCGGUUUUGAUCGGCGCCGUCGACGCGUGGGACCUCGCGCUGGUGGAGACGUCCUCCGCGAAGGACCUCCGGGUCGUGCGGCGCUGGCACCUCGUGUGUGUGCCGGAACCGCCGGAACCGCCGCGCCCGUCGGCCGAGGAGCUCCGGGCGGCACGGCUGGCGCGGCUCACCUGAUGUACCUUGUAAGUGAAUACAUGUCCUAG